AUGGGCGACCCCCAGAAAUCAGAUCGUCCGGCCACCCGCAAUACUGCUGCAGCUGCAUCGGCCGCGAAGUCGCCGGAACGUGUUGCACCAAAUGCAUUGACCAUCGCAUCGCCUCCUGGCUCCAGGACGCCCCCUAGUAUGCCGUCGAAGAAGACGCUCUUCUACCCGGAACCGCAAGGAAGGCGCCAGAAAGCUCGAAAUACCUCCGAGUCGAUCGAUCCCGAUGCGCUUGCGAAGGCUUUGCAGGAUUUUGAGGAUGCUGGGCAUCCCCGCGAGAGAACGCCUGGGACCAGCCCCAGUCGGAAGAGACAGAGAGUGUACGGUGAUAGAUUUAUCCCCAAUCGUGAGGGGCAAGACCUCCAAGCGACGUAUAGUCUGCUCCACGAGGACGGCUGCCCUUCAACUCCGUCCAAGUUGAAAAAGCGCGCUCCACACUCGGAGCUUCAUUUUCAAAAGACGGAGGAAGCCAACCGCAUGUACUCGCGAGUGUUGCGGAGUGAGCUUUUCGGGAAUACCGUUCCCCAGGCCGACCUAGACUCCCUGUCGCCGGACCCCUUGAUGGGUAUGGGAAAUGGCAUCAUCGACAAGACUCGCUCUCAUACGCCACCUUCACAUGUCGUGUCUAAUCUACCACCCGCAAGCAUUACACCCUCCACCCCUCACAAGAAUCUCUUCAAUUACGCCUCUCCCCGCGGAUCCGCUCAUCCUACACCUUCAAAGACACCACGAAGUCAGCACGGUCCGAACCUCAAUGUCCGAUCGGAGCUCUAUAGUCUAUCGCCAAUCCGGCUCGACAGUCAACGGAUUCUGGAGACUCCGCGUAAACAGCCCCGCUACGUGAACAAGGUCCCAUACAAGGUCCUUGAUGCGCCCGAUCUACAAGACGAUUUCUAUCUUAAUCUUGUCGACUGGGGUAGCAGUAAUGUUCUGGGGGUGGGCCUAGGGAAUUCGGUCUAUAUGUGGAAUUCGCAGACAGGCCGAGUGACGAAACUCUGUGAGCUGCGUGAUGAUACAGUGACCAGCGUUAGCUGGAUACAAAGAGGCACACAUUUAGCAAUCGGCACAGGCAAGGGUCUUGUGCAAAUAUGGGACGCUGAGCGCUGCCGUCGUCUCCGCACGAUGAUUGGACAUACGAAUCGUGUGGGCGCCUUAGCCUGGAACGACCACAUCCUCACGUCCGGUUCUCGAGACCGACUGAUUUUCCAUCGUGAUGUCCGUUCCCCAGACCAAUAUCUACGUCGCUUAUCUGGUCAUAAGCAAGAGGUUUGUGGUCUGCGGUGGAACACAGAAGAUGGGCAGUUGGCCUCGGGUGGAAAUGACAACAAACUGUUGGUGUGGGAUAAACUAAAUGAGACACCACUCUACAGGUUUUCCGACCAUACUGCGGCCGUCAAGGCAAUCGCUUGGUCACCUCAUCAACACCAUCUUCUCGCAUCUGGGGGUGGCACGGCUGAUCGGACCAUCAAAUUCUGGAAUACGUCGACCGGGUCUAUGAUCAAGGAAGUCGACACAGGCAGUCAGGUCUGCAACCUUGCGUGGUCAAAGAAUUCCGAUGAGAUCAUCAGCACGCACGGUUACAGCCAGAACCAGAUAGUCGUCUGGAAAUACCCGCGCAUGGAACAAAUCGUGUCUCUGACCGGGCAUACCUUUCGUGUUCUCUACCUAGCAAUGAGUCCAGAUGGCCAAACUGUUGUGACCGGAGCCGGGGAUGAAACCCUGCGGUUUUGGAAGAUCUUCAAUAAACGACCGGGAAGAGAGCACGGACGUGAAGGUAGCAAACUGGCAGAAUGGGGUACCAUUCGGUGA